AAGAGUCAUGUAUUUCCACAAACCCUAGCUGCUAGAUUCGCUGUCUUAAUUACCUUCUUCGUUUUCUCACAAACCCUACUGCCCUUCUUUCUCUCCCAACUCAACCAUGGACACUCACAUCGAUUACGACUUUAUUGUCAGAUUAAAACCCAAAACAAAUAGAAACUCACAACACGUCAAUUGUGACCAACCACUACAAAAGGUACCAGCAACGUUUCCUGUGAACUUCUUGCUUUACAAGCGACCGAUCUACUACUCUCUUCAUGGAGUGGCGUUCUCCGCAACAGAUAGAAGACCCGAGUCCAUAAGCCGCAAAAUUAUUCACAUUCCGGUUGGAGAUUCACUGUGUCAUCACAUCAAUGAUUUCAAAGGGAUCUUGACCGACAUCGGCAUCCCUGGAAUCAAGAUAUCACAGAUACUAAUCGAAAUUGCAACCAAGGCGCACGGCAUUGAUACUUGUAACGGCGUGCUCAUGCUUGUCGCAAUACGGAAGACAGUCUAUCAUGAAGCUAGACUUCGUAAUGAAGAAGAUGAUAUUGGUAGAGCUGAGAGGGAGUCAAUGGAGGUUGAGGCGAAGCCAAUCCCGGCCACCAAGUCCUCUAUUGAUGCAUUGGAAAGGGUGGUUUUGGACGCCUCGGCGUCAGCGAGAGACUGCACUGUUUGUAUGGAAGAUAUUGACGCAGGGAGUGAAGCAAUUCGGAUGCCGUGCUCGCAUGUCUAUCACUCAGAUUGCAUUGUUAAGUGGUUGCAAACUAGUCACAUGUGUCCUCUUUGCCGCUAUCAUAUGCCCUGUGAAUACUUGUGAACAUGAUCA